UUCCUUACCACCAUGUCUGUAGAGGGCAGUCAGCCUUAAAGCUUGCACAUAGAAAAGGAAGCACUUGUUUCUCUUCGGACACAUUUACCCUGCGCACCCUCAGAAAGAAGCGCCGCAUUCUCACAUUUUCACAAGUGUGGCAGCAGAGAUGGCGACUCCCAAGGUUCCCGAGGUUCGUGACAUAAUGCGGAUUGAGAGAAUUGGUGCACAUUCUCACAUCCGUGGCCUCGGUUUGGAUGAUGCUUUGGAGCCAAGACAGGUCUCUCAGGGGAUGGUUGGCCAGCUGGCCUCCCGUCGGGCAGCAGGGGUCAUUCUGGAGAUGAUCAAAGAUGGCCAUAUCGCUGGCAGGGCAGUACUGAUUGCUGGCCAACCUGGCACAGGAAAGACUGCCAUUGCUAUGGGCAUUGCCCAGUCCCUUGGCCCUGAUACACCCUUCACAGCGCUGGCGGGUAGUGAGAUUUUCUCUCUGGAGAUGAGCAAAACCGAGGCACUCAGCCAAGCUUUUAGAAAAGCUAUUGGAGUGAGGAUCAAAGAAGAAACAGAGAUUAUUGAGGGAGAGGUGGUGGAAAUCCAGAUUGAUAGACCGGCCACCGGAACGGGUGCCAAAGUGGGCAAGCUGACCCUAAAGACUACUGAGAUGGAGACAAUAUAUGACCUGGGCAACAAGAUGAUUGACAGCCUUAGUAAAGAGAAGGUACAAGCGGGAGAUGUUAUUACCAUUGACAAAGCCACUGGAAAGAUCAGCAAGCUGGGCCGCUCCUUCACCAGAGCCAGAGACUAUGAUGCCAUGGGAGCUCAGACACAGUUUGUACAAUGUCCAGAGGGAGAGCUGCAGAAGAGGAAAGAGGUUGUCCACACAGUGUCCCUUCAUGAGAUCGACGUCAUCAACAGCCGUACACAAGGCUUCCUGGCUCUCUUCUCUGGAGACACCGGAGAAAUCAAAUCUGAAGUCCGCGAGCAGAUUAAUGCUAAAGUGUGUGAGUGGAGGGAAGAGGGCAAGGCAGAGAUCAUUCCAGGGGUGUUAUUUAUUGAUGAGGUCCAUAUGCUGGACAUGGAGUGCUUUUCCUUCCUGAACCGUGCACUGGAGAGUGACCUGUCCCCAGUUCUCAUUAUGGCCACCAACAGAGGCAUCACUCGUAUCCGCGGUACAAAUUAUCAGAGCCCUCAUGGUAUCCCUAUCGACCUGCUGGAUCGCCUGCUCAUCAUCGCCACCUCGCCUUACACCGAAAAAGAGACGAGGCAGAUCCUCAAGAUCCGGUGUGAGGAGGAGGAUGUGGAGCUGAGCGAGGAGGCUCAUACUGUCCUGACCCGCAUCGGCAUGGAGACGUCACUGCGCUACGCAAUUCAGCUGAUCAGCACUGCAGGACUGGUGUGUCGCAAACGCAAGGGGACAGAAGUUCAGGUGGAGGACAUUAAAAGGGUUUAUUCUCUGUUCCUGGAUGAGGCCAGAUCCUCUCAAUACAUGAAGGAGUACCAGGAUUCCUUCCUCUUCAAUGAAACACAAAAUGCUCCAAUGGAUACCUCAUAAUGAAGAUGACUGCUUUGUUUUCUUACUCUGUGAAGUUUUUAUGUUGUCAAUCGUCCCCUUGGGUUCCCUGGAGUCAAUUCAGAACAGGUUUUUACUUCAAUUUGAAAUCGGCACUGAAUUACAUUGAAGAUAGAAAUCGAAUGUACUAAAUUCCUUACUUUUCUUCUCUGUUCAACUUUUUUCCAAUAUUGUUUAAAUUCAAUAUUAUUUACUGAAAUUUGGCUUAAUUCUGAAUUUAGGACAGUUCUGUUCAUCACCGAGGCCUUGUGGCAGGAAUAUCCAUUCCUUCAGUGUUUUUCUGUUUUGUUAUCUUUGCAAUUGUUUAUUUUUAUGAAAAUUAUUAAAUGGGCUUUUGUAAGCACA